AUGUGGUCGGACGCACAUCAAACCGUGAAGGAUUUUUUUUCGCAUGCUGCCAAGGUGCAAAAUGCCUGGCUUGAGAGCGAGAAGCUCGCCGAUCAGCAGCGGGGAAAAAACAAGGCGAAAGGUAACAAGGAUAUCCCGGCGGGCGAAGGCGGUAGCAGCGUUAGCGAUGGCAAGGAAAAGCGAACCGAACGGACAACGGCACCUAUGAAAGCAGCAGCAGCAGCAGCAGCAGCAACAGUAGACGCAGAGGCGCAGAGCAAGACGACCAAAGAUGCGCCAAAGGGGAAGCAGGUUGCGCGAAAAGCCACACCAGACCAACCCAGGCACGAAGAACCCGAGGACCUGGCCAACAGCAGCAGCGGCAGCAGCAGCAGCGCGUCGGAGACCAUUGGGGCAAGCGUGAGGAAGAAGAUCGCCCCCCCAAAGCGUAAAGCGUCCCCGCCGGAGGGCGAACCUUCUGCUGCUCGCAAAUCGUCUGCCCCGAACACUACGGUAGCUGCGGCAGAGGCCAAGACCGCAGAUACACGUACCCCUGUCACAGGAGCAGGUUCUUCGGCGUCGGAAGCUGUGGGCAGCAGCGCCGAAGGCGCCGGCCAUGCCACUAAAACCGUUGGUCGAGACGGCGGGGGGAGGGUAACCUCACAGGAUAACAGCACAAACAGUGGCAAGGAUGCUGCUGCUGCUCCUUCUGGCGUUGUCAGCGGCGGAGGAACGAGAGGGGCAGGAACCAGCAGUGCCGCUCCCGAUACAUCGAAGGUGAAAGGACCCACUCUCAAGAGGAAGAGGAGGAGCGAACCCUCAGACAAAACAGGGACAGCCAAGACAUCGAAAGAGAGCGAUGUCGGCGGCGGCAGCGCGAGUGCCAAGGGUAUCCGCGGGGAUCGUGGCAGCAAGAGCAAGGUCGCCAAGUUUCCAGGGUACCUGGACAGCGAUGACGUGUCCGAGAAGGUCCUCUUCGGCCUGCCGCGCGGGGAAAAAUGUCCCAUCGACGUCCUGUGGGAGGUGGAAGUGCAAAAAAGCGGGCGGAAGACUGAGCAGACAGAGUCGUGGUUCACCUCUGUUGUGGAUCUGACGAAGUCUCUUGGGACGGAUGAGGCAGGUCGCCCGAAGUUUCGCAUCAACUACGCCCGGCGAGGCAGUCUCUCCGCUUCUAAGAGCAUUGUGGUCUUUCUGACCGACAGUGAGCUCCGAGACAACCUCCAGGACGAGUCUGAAGAACCACUGCUAUGGAGAAAGAAGGGGUGUCAGGUUGCAUCCAAGCCGGCCGCCACAUCUUCUCCUCGACCGAGCAGCGCCGGAAGCGAGGGUGUAGACCAGGAGGAAGAGUGGGCGGACGGAUUCGGAAUGAAAUCAUUUCGGGGACGGUAA